GUUAACAGCAUGCUGAGUAGCUCUGGCACUUGUCCUGUGCCCACCUUACAGUAUUUCCCAGUCCACAGGUGUAAUCUAAUACCUGUUGUAAAAGAGAAAGUCCAAAGGCCAGCUUUUUUUAUUUGCUCUGUCCUACCCAGCCCCGUCACCUGCCUGCCUGUCACAAGUGUCUGCUCUGUGUUAGUCCCCAGUGUCCUGCUGCUGGUUAGUAACGAGCCGUGUGAGGUGACACAAAGCCCCAGUCACGUCCGCCCCCCAAUGGACUGCCACUUAUGACCAGGGCUCAAGCAAGAUUCGGAUCCUGGAGAUAAGUGAACUUGAACUGUGCCCAACGCUAGAGCCCCGAGGAUUUCCAUGGGAUUGUAGCCAGCACCACAUCUGGGGAUGCCUCUGUUUGGGUUAAACUGCGGGAAGAAAAAGCUGGAAGAGAAAGAGAGGUGUCUACGAGCCAAUGACAGAGAAUUCAACUUGAAAUUCAAGUAUGCGACCAAUGCGAUUAAGACCUCGAAGUAUAACAUCUUCACCUUCCUGCCCCUCAAUCUCUUCGAGCAGUUCCAGCGAGUGGCGAACGCUUAUUUUGUGUUUCUCCUCGUUCUUCAGUUAAUCCCUCAAGUCUCCUCCCUCUCCUGGUUUACAACUGUGGUCCCUCUGGUUCUGGUGCUGACCGUGUCCGCUGUUAAAGAUGCCAUUGAUGACUAUUAUCGACACAAAAGUGACAAUCAAGUCAACAACCGGCGAGUACAAGUGCUCAACGAGGGCCAGUUUACAGAUGAGAAAUGGAUGAAUGUGCAAGUGGGCGAUAUUAUCAAGCUGGAAAAUAAUAACUUUGUAACGGCAGAUCUUCUGCUACUAUCCAGCAGUGAACCCAACAGCCUGAUCUACAUUGAAACUGCUGAGCUUGAUGGGGAAACCAACUUAAAAGUAAAGCAGUCACUGACGAUCACAGGAGACCUGGGCGGAGACCUCCAUCAGCUGUCACAAUUUGAUGGUGAAGUUGUAUGUGAGGCUCCAAAUAACAAGCUGGACACCUUCACCGGGACUCUGACCUAUGAAGGCGAGAAAUACUCUCUGGACAAUGGGAAGAUCUUGCUACGGGGCUGUACGCUGCGGAACACAGAAUGGUGCUUUGGAAUGGUUAUCUUUGCAGGGCCUGACACCAAGCUAAUGCAGAAUAGUGGCAGGACCACUCUUAAAAGGACCAGUAUUGACCGUCUCAUGAAUCUCCUCGUCCUCUGGAUUUUUGUGUUUCUGGCUGUCAUGUGCAUAAUCCUGGCUAUUGGGAAUGGCAUUUGGGAAUCAAAGCAAGGCUAUUACUUCCAGGUCUAUCUUCCGUGGCAAGAUGGUGUCACCAACGCAGCGUUCUCAGGAUUCCUUAUGUUCUGGUCAUAUGUCAUUAUUUUGAACACUGUGGUACCAAUUUCUCUCUAUGUGAGUGUUGAGAUCAUACGAUUAGGAAACAGUUUUUACAUUAACUGGGACCGCAAGAUGUAUUAUCCAAGGAAAGACACCCCAGCCGAGGCUCGCACCACAACUCUUAAUGAGGAGCUGGGCCAGAUCAAGUACAUCUUUUCCGACAAGACCGGAACCCUCACCCAGAAUAUCAUGACCUUUAAUAAGUGUUCCAUUAAUGGCAACUCAUACGGAGACGUGUUUGACUUUGCCGGGAACAGGCUGGAGAUAAAUGAGCAUACAGAGAAGGUGGAUUUCUCCUUCAAUCCUCUGGCUGACCCUAAAUUUGCUUUCCAUGAUCACCGAUUGGUUGAGUCUGUAAAAAUUGGAGAUUCUUUUUCUCAUGAAUUUUUCCGCCUUCUUGCCCUGUGUCAUACUGCCAUGUCGGAAGAGAAGAAACCAGGUGAACUGGUCUAUCAAGCUCAGUCUCCUGAUGAGGGCGCUCUUGUGACGGCAGCUAGAAACUUUGGAUUUGUGUUUCGAUCCCGUACCCCAGAGACCAUCACUGUGGUAGAAAUGGGAGAGACCAAGGUGUAUCAGCUGCUGGCCAUCCUGGACUUCAACAAUGAGCGCAAGAGGAUGUCUGUGAUAGUGAAAAGCCCAGAAGGACGUCUCACCCUCUAUUGCAAAGGAGCUGAUACUAUUGUGUAUGAGCUUCUGGGCCGGUCAAGUGAGGACCUCAAGGAAGUAACCACUGACCACCUUAAUGAGUUUGCUGGUGAAGGCCUCCGUACGCUAGUUCUCGCCUAUAAAGACCUAGACAAAACCUACUUUGCAGAUUGGAAGAAACGUCAUCACAACGCAAGCACCUCUCUGGAAAAUCGAGAGGAGAAGCUGGGGGAGCUAUAUGAAGAAAUUGAGAAGAACCUUAAGUUAAUUGGAGCCUCUGCUAUUGAAGACAAGCUGCAGGACGGAGUCCCCCAGACCAUAGAGACAUUAACAAAAGCUAAUAUUAAGAUAUGGGUUCUAACAGGAGACAAACAAGAAACGGCAGAAAACAUUGGAUACGCGUGUAACAUGUUGCAGGAUGAAAUGAAGGAGGUUUUCGUCAUUAAGGGUACCAGUUCAUCAGAGGUGCUGGAGGAGCUCAGGUAUGCAAGAAAAAAAAUGAAUCCAGACUCAUUUCUCAGCAAUAACGAAGUGAACAUUCACAUCGAGACAAAUUCCAAGAAAUCGAAAAUCAUUCCUGAUGAUGAAAUGAAAGGAGAGGACACAUAUGGCAUUCUUAUUAAUGGACACAGUCUGGCUUACGCCCUGGAAGAGAAAAUGGCAGUUGAGCUCCUAAGGACAGCAUGUAUGUGCCAAGCCGUGAUUUGCUGUCGGGUUACUCCCCUGCAGAAAGCUCAGGUGGUUCAGCUGGUGAAGAACUACAAGAAGGCUGUGACCCUGGCUAUUGGAGAUGGCGCUAAUGAUGUCAGCAUGAUCAAAACGGCACACAUUGGAGUAGGAAUAAGUGGGCAGGAAGGCAUGCAGGCCGUACUUUCUAGUGAUUUCUCUUUCGCGCAAUUCCGGUACCUGCAGCGAUUACUGUUGGUGCAUGGACGCUGGUCUUACAUUCGCAUGUGCAAGUUCCUGAGUUAUUUCUUCUACAAGAACUUUGCCUUCACAUUGGUUCACUUCUGGUACGGCUUCUUUUGUGGAUUCUCCGCACAGACUGUUUAUGAUGAAUGGUUUAUCACCCUGUAUAAUCUGGUCUAUACUUCGCUGCCUGUGCUGGGAAUGAGUCUGUUUGACCAGGAUGUUGAUGACCGAUGGAGCAUGGAGUACCCGCAGUUGUAUGAGCCAGGGCAGAUGAAUCGUUAUUUCAACAUAAAGGAGUUUGUGAAGUGUGUGCUACACGGGGUGUACAGCUCGCUCGUCCUGUUCUUCAUACCGUAUGGUGCCAUGUAUGACACAGUGAGAGAUGAUGGGAGAGUCAUUUCUGAUUACCAGUCCUUUGCUCUCAUGGCGCAGACCUGCUUGCUGCUGGUGGUGUCUGUUCAGAUUGGCCUGGAUACGUCAUACUGGACGGCUGUGAACCAGUUUUUCAUCUGGGGCAGUUUGGCUGUUUACUUUGCCAUUAUCUUCACCAUGUAUAGUGACGGAAUGUACCUGAUAUUCACUGCCUCGUUCCCGUUUAUAGGGACGGCUCGAAAUUCACUAAAUCAGCCCAGUGUCUGGCUGGCCAUCUUCCUGACUACCAUUCUCUGUGUCCUACCUGUGGUGGCCUACAGGUUCUUGCGAUCUGAGCUGAAGCCCACCUUUAGCGAUAAGGUCCAAAACAAAAUCAGAGAGGCCAAGAAGCGACCUCCGCCUCCCCCACGCAGGGCCAGGAUUCGCCGCACCAGCUCCCGACGCUCUGGUUACGCUUUCUCACAUCAACAGGGAUAUGGUGAUCUCAUUACCUCGGGCAGGAACUUCCGACCUAAGAUUCCUUUUCACCAAACGGGCAAGUUUACUCCGAGUGACAGGAGUCGAAGCACAAACUAUUAGAGAGAGACUAAUAUGGCAGAUCAGCAAUUUUCAAAGGACAAUUCAGGAUUGUAACUUGGGCUCUUUAAAGGACUCUGCCUCAUGUGAUAAUAAAAUAGGUCUCAGCCGCUCCAUGACAGCAACAGAUGAAAGAGCACAACACCAGGCCUCACCGUGGUUUGAUCACUGGGCAGCCAUUUUAGAAUUGUGAUUGCAAUCACGAUAGGGCAGCUAUGUCAUCGAGCUUUAAACGACUGAAAAUGGUUUCUGAUGAAUAGUGCUAAAUAUUUAUAAAGACAAGACAAUAAAAAGGGUGGGAAAAUACAUUUAUCGCUACCCCUACUGUAUUGACAUUGCUUUAUUUUUUACAUAGUUUAACCAAAGAAAACUAACAGGGCUACAAAGUUUCCAGGGACCUGUAACCAACAUAAAGCAUUUGCACUACACCCUCUCCUUAAGCAGAAUAUCAGAAUUCAAAAUAGCCUCCACCCGAGUGAAGAUGAAUGUAUAGUUACAUUUGUUUAGUGUUGUAUACUAUACUGUUUAUAUGUUUUAUGUUGUAUCUUCACAAAAGUUUUGACACCAUUCCAUGUUCCUAUUAAGAAAGGGUUAAACUGCAGCCUAGCCAAAACCCUUACAGCGCCACUGCUCUGCAUACAUCACUGCUUUGAUACUGACGGGAAUCUGAGAUAGAAUGCAGUUAAUCACUUGGGGUUUAUGAGGAAAAUUUAAGAUAAUGUGCCAUAUUGCCUUUCAGUUGUCUCCUGUAUAUAAUUAUAUAUUGUAUAUAGUUAGUGCCAAAGGAGGGAUUAUCUUGUCUUUAGUUGAGGUCACAGUGUCCGUGUCAUACACUUAGUUAGGACAUUUCAAGGAUUUGACCAACCUUGACUUGUGAAUUGCUGUGGAUUAGAACUCCAAUGAAGCUUAGUCAGCCUCUGAGAAGAAUAUAUAGUCCAACACAGAUGGAGUAGCAUAGUGGUUGCUUUUUCUUGAGUCUGGCUAGAAGACACUACAGGUGGGUGAAGGGAAACCACCCUGACAUCUGCUUCUCCCUGAUUAGCUCAUGCUGCUGUUUGAUUGAUAUGAGGGACUGGAAACUAUGUACAUAAAAUGAACUCAGCGGUUCUGAAAUAGGUUGUAAUUGGUCUAAGAUGCCCCCAAAUCAGGGAAGAGAACGAACUUAGAUAGUGUGACUUUGGUGCUGUGCUACUACGAGCAAUAACUAAAUAUCCUGAAUCAAUAGACUUAGUGCACGCUGCGUGUGACUGUCGAUAAGGUAGUCUCAGAGUUCCAUAUAAAAACACCUGUAUACCAUAUAGGUACAAGGGAAGUUCUGUAGGAGUGUCUAACUCAGGAUCCCAGUCUGCUGUUAGACUCUGACUCAUAUAAUUCUUUACCGGCCAUUGACAAUCAAGAAAUUAUGGGAGUUGUAAUACUAGCAACAGAUGAAAGGCCUGAGUUUGAUAUUUCUGCAAUAAUACUCCUCCUGAUGAAACUGGCAGGACAAAAUUGAGGAAAUCAAAGCAACGUAGCUACCCCCAGUAGAUAGGCAUUUUGAAUGAUGGCAGAUCCCCUUUAAUUUCUCAGUAUAUUAUUUUAAACUCAUUAGUGCCAGAAACCUAAUUCAGAACUCUGAUUGUGUUUUUGUAAACUAAGUUCUCAAAUAGAGGCUGCAAACACAUGCCAAAAUGGUCUGCUCCUGACAAUAAAAAAAUAGGUAAAGUGACAUUUUAAACACCAUAGUCACUACAGACCUGUCAGCUUCAUGCCUCCACCACACCAUCCUGGGAGCUGAAAGUGCUCUGUCUGAGCUAAGCCCAGCAGUGCAAGCCUGAUGCUCUCCUCCAUUGAGUUAGCACAGGACAUCUGAUGGAAGCUCCUUAGCAGGAACUUCUGGCUCCCUGGCUGAGGUACUGGAGGCAGGGAACAACUCCCAGCAGAUAUUGGGUAAGAACUCAAAUCAAUGUAAAAUGGAUUGCCUCCUUAACAUGGUGGAAUGCCAAAGCUUUCCUGGCACCAUAGAGUGUGCUGUUAUGGUGCUUGGAGAGUUAUUGAAUGGAUUAAACAGUUGUUGUUCAACCCUUACUGUGCCAGUGUUGCAAAAGGACUUACAGGUAAAAGUCAUAUCUUUGUGUAGGAGUAUAGUUUUGGGGUUCACUCAUUUACACUAAAAUCUAUCCACUGUAAACCUAGCAGAACUUCUGGAGUGUCCUCAAAUAUUUGUUUAAUGGGUUAUUUUUUUUUUCUAUUAAUGUUCAUUUUUAAUCCCUCCCCCCAAAAAAGGCAUACAAUAAUAAUCUGUGUAUUUUUUAUUUUAUAUGAAAUAUAUAUAAUUGCAAUAAAUGCUCACAAUACAUGACUGUUUGAAUGA